AUGGCUCCUCAAGCUAAAUUAACAUUACACUGGUUAGAAAAAUCAAGAUCUCAUAGAAUCGCAUGGUUAUUAGAAGAAACUAAACAAGAUUAUUCUUUAAAAUUAUAUCAUAGAGAUUCCAAUGGUAAAUCACCAUCAUUAUCAAAUGUCUCUGAAACUGGUCAAUCACCAAUCUUGGAAUUUGAUUUUGGCGUGGAACCAACUUAUAAAUUGGUUGAAAGUGGACAUAUUGUUGAUUGUAUGAUUAAUUGUUAUGAUCCUCAAGGUUUAUUAAAAAGCAAGACUGAAGAAUCAAAAGUUGAAGUUGGGUUUUUGUUAUUCUUUAGUGAAGCUUCUAUAGGUGAACAAAUUGAUUCAAUAGUUUUAUUAAAUAAUUCACUGAAAGAUACUGAUCAAGACAAUUCAAUCAUUUCUAAAUUUGUUGAACAAGUUAAAACUAAUAAGAUUUAUCCAACAUUGAAUAAACAAUUAACAUUUUUGGAAAAUAAAUUAUCAGAAGAAUCUAAGAAAGCUUCCACUGAUUCAUUAUUCUUUGUUGAUGAUAAAUUAACAGGUGCUGAUAUCAUCUUAUUAUUCACUAUUCAUUUUAUUUUGGAAUCUGGUAUAGUUGAAAGUGUUGAUUCUAAAGAUUAUCCAUUGUUAUCUAAAUGGUUGGAACAAAUGAAAUCAAGACCAGCGUUGAUCAAAGCUAAUGAAAGAAUUGAAACUGAAGGUCAAGGUGAAUAUCCAAUUUGGUUUAACUGA